CCUUCUCACCGCAGUUGAAGCACUCUCUGCUCUUAUAGUCGGUUGCUAUGAAGGCUGGAUGAGAUGGAGUCGUUGUAUUGUUCUUCAUCAACUUUAAUCGGACCUCCUCCUGUGCCAUUGCUGCUAUGGCAUCCUCUAAGGCAGGUAGAGUAGGUUGAUGAAAUAAAGUAGCACGUCUCGCCUCAAAUUCAGAGUUCAAUCCUUUGAGAAACUGCAUCACUCGUCUGCGUUCAAUCCAUUUUCUAGCAGCUGCUAUGCAAUCUGCAUGUGGCAAAUCCAGAGGAUCAUAGUGAUCUAAAUCAGCCCACAAGCGCUGCAGUUCAGCAACAUACUCCAUCACAGAAUUUUCCCUUUGUCUGAGUUCACCAACUCUCUCCUCUGUUUCAGCUAUUAACAUCACAUUCCCUUCACCUGAGUACAGUUUUGAGAGGGUUUUCCAUACCUCAGUAGCAGUUGAGAUAGUCUCAACAGUUGCAGCAAUGGUUGGAGACAAGGAGUUCAACAACCAUGCCACUAUCAAAGAGUUGGUACUGCUCCAUGUCCUCCAUUCUGAAGUUUUCUUGUCUCCUGGCUCCUCUGCCUCACCACUGACAAAGCCCUCAAGCCCUUUAGUCCUCAAGAUGAGUAGCGCCCUUCUUGACCAGCUCAAAUAAUUCUUAACAUCUUCCAGCUUAAUUUCAUUUGGCAUCAGGUCAAUUUUCUGAAUUGGCUCAAUGUGAGGAACAAUUACAUUAUUUAGAGAUGCUGCAGCUCCUACCUUGGCUGUUAGGAGCUCAGCCAAUUUUUCAAUUGCCUUCUCGAGUCCCUGAUUUUCUCCCAUGUCUUGCCUCAAUCACAGCAGGCAAGAACUUUCCUUCUUCCUCAGUACGCUAUCUAGCAGCCCCUCACACAGCAGCACCAAAUCAAUCCAGGAGCUCUUACCUCCUCUUCUCUGCUAACUCCACUGUAGUACACCACCAGCAGCAACAGAGUCAGCAGCAGCACUUGCAAGCAGCAACAACAGCAUCUUCCUCCUCCUCUGCAAACAACAGCAGUUCCAGCACACAGCAGCCACAAGCAGCAGCAGUGCAAAGAGCACCCUUUGCCGCACCAACAGCAAGCAGCAGCAACUGCAGACUGUUCUCAGUCUUUCUCCAGCAGCAGCAAGCCAGCCGCACAAGCAGCAAACCAGCCAGUACUUGGCCUCUCCCCUGGCGCAGCCGCCUCCUUCCUCUGCCCUCUGCCACACACAGUAGCACCCGCAGCACCAGGAGCACUUCGCGCGCGCGCACCUCUUCACGGGAGAGAGCAGUGCCGCCUGUAGCCUCCAAUCCCCUCCAGGCGCUCCGCAGGCAGCCCGCGCGCUCGCACGCAGCCGCGCCCGCCGGCCCUCUCCAGGCGCGCCUCUACCGCCGCCGGUGACCUACAGAACCCAGCAUCGCCUCCCGCCUGUGCUCUGACACCAUGAAGUGUGGUGGGUUUGGGAAAUUUCUGGAUAACUCUCUUCCUCUCUAGUCUGUACAAUACAUAUACUGGUUUACAUGGGCCAUGUGGGCCAGAUUCACACAUAUACAGCCCAACAAAGGCCCCGUCGCCGCCUACUGCAGUUAGGGUUUUCACCCGGAAGACAAAUAGCGUGGUGGAGGUAGAGCAGAUCUAAUGAACGUCUCCAUGGAGAAAAGACGAUGCCCAUGGGCAUCGCGGCCGACCGGUGUCGCCUAGGGAUUUCUCCCGAUUUGAAUCCGCACCUCCAGCUCCAAUCGCAUCGAGGACCGGCAAGUCUCACGACCCAGAUCCGUAUGGAGGAGCACAGAGCCGCCUCCUGACCUAUCAUCCCCGACGGACGGGCCGCCGCCACCGCUAUGACCGGAACGCCGUUCCGGGGCCCUUGCACCGUAGAUCACAUCCCAUCCGAGUUCGCCAUCCCCACGUUGUCAACGGAGUGUCGCCGCGCUGGCGGGAGGAGCAUCCGCCGGCGGAAGAUCUCGUGCCACCAUGUACAACCCCUCUAGGCAGCCAAGCGACAGUCGCGGGACGCGAGAUCCCCGCUGUCCCCGUCAGUGGCGGCACACGGGCUUUUCCGGCGGCCACCUCUAGGGAUGACGAGGGGAGAGGGGAGGAUGGAAGAGGUGGUGGCGGCGCUGGCUAGGGUUAGCGCCCCCGGUCGCCCUGGAGGAGGCGACAUGUGGAGCGCCUCGGAAUCUGACCCAUGCUUCGCACUGUUGAUGUCCCCCACGAAGAGAAAAACGAUGAAAUGUUCAUGAUGAGAGAAGAUUUUGCAAGUCACACAUUUGCCUUACAUACGACCUCGAACGAGUUGAAGGGAUUUUUGUUCUCUUACAAUCCUUUCAAACCAUUUAGGACCAUUGGAUCCUUUCUUAUACAAGAACCUACUAUUAUACCCUGAGAUAACUUUGUAAAGUUUGUUUUCCACUUUUCUUGCCUGUAUAUAUCUGUUUUUUUAAAUGCAUGCAAUAUGAAAUGUAUUGUUUCUUGUAAAGCAAAAAACUAGCCUCUAAUCCUCUCAAACGCCUCUAAUUGCUCCUACCUUGCUUUGUGUUGAUUGCGUUUGCACUGGCACAACUAAUGUUAUUACAUAUUUCUCCAUGGGCCCAGUCACCUGGCCCUUUCCUAUCUCAUGAGAUCUUGCAUCCCUCACGUCCCCGCGUCGCCCUCCCGCUAGGGCGGCUCGGGUGGAAACCCUAGCCCCCGCCGCCGGGCACGUCCAUCCUUCCCUUCCCCUCCGCCACCGCUAGAGGAGGUCGUCGGGUGAAGCCCCAGGUGGCUGAUGGCGGCGGCGGAGGCUCUCUUCUCUUCCCUUCCCGCCAGAUCGGUGAGGCGGGUCACCCAUGGUGCCGGGGCGCUUUCCCCCGAUUUGCGUUGCGGCGGCGCAAGGCGGUGGCGUGGUGCUGGGCGGGGUCGGCGGAGCUGCUAGACUCCGAGGAAGAUCUGGUGGCGCCGGCCGUUCGAUGGGCUAGCGGGGUCAUGGUGGCCUUGGUCGCGGUGGCCGGCGGCUCAGCCUAUCGGCGGCGACUGGUGUUAGAGUAUUAUAUAUAUAGCCAUGUAACCUUUUGUAUUUACCCUAUUGUAUAAGGGGUUUCCUGCAUAUAUUCCACACCUGUACAUGUAUAUAUACUGGCCUAUGGCCUUCUGGAAAUACAAGUUGCAUAUUUCCUAACAUGGUAUUAGAGCUAGGUCAAUUUUUUGCACGCUGCAACUCGUGCUAUUGAUCUCCGUGUCCGUCGUCGCUGCCUUUUUCUGUCCCGUAGCAGCCGGUCAACCCAAGGCCGCUCCUCUCCUUCCCUGCAGCCGCCGUUCAACUCCUUCCCGUCCAGAUCACGCUAGCUCCAGAUCCUAUCAUGCUAGCUCAAGGUCCUGCCCCGUGAUCACUCUAAAUCAAGUCAGCACAGGAGCCUCCGCCCGCAAUCGAUCUUCCACAGCCAGCCUGGUUUUUCGCCGCCCCUCAUCGGAUCCGGACGCCUCUCGCCGGAACAGGCCGCCAGUCGCCGGUCUUCGUCGCCUGCGUCCGAUCCGGCCGUCCCUCGCUGGAUUUCGCCCCUGCUGCUGGCUCUCGUCCCAUCCAUCUGCUGCCGCCGCGAGCGCUGACUACGCUGAUCGUUAGGACCCUCUGUCUGUACUGCUAUCUGCCGAUGAUUGCCAAAAAAAAUGUCUACACCGUCAAGCUAUGUCGCAGUUUCUCGCUGUCCGGUGAUCUUUGAUGGCACUAACUACAUCGAGUUUGUUGGCUUCAUGAGCAUUCAUAUGCGUGGCAUUCGUCUUUGGGGCGUUCUUUCUGGCAAGGUCCGUUGUCCGCCAUGUCCGGUUCCACCUGUGGCCCCUACUCCGCCGACGCCACCGGUUCUUGCUGCCGAUGCUAAUCAAGCUGCGAAGGAUGCAGCUAAGCUUGCAGAUGACACUGCCGUCCAUGCUUAUGAUGCGCAAGUUUCGACUUAUGAGGAGGCUCUUCAGACUUAUAAUGAGGCUCUUUCUGCUUACACUCAGUGGCUUGAUGAGGAUGCCCGUGCCGCAGCUGUUCUCACUGCUAGUGUUCUGCUUCAGUUUGCCUCUGAGUUCUUGGGGCUCCCUGCCAUAUCUGAGAUGUGGACCCGUCUUCGUCAGCGCUGUCAGCCCUCUGGUGAUGCCUUAUAUCUGUCUGUGGUCCGGCAGGAACAUGCUCUUCAGCAGGGUGACUCCAGUGUUGACGAUUUCUAUGCUCAGAGUUUUGCUAUCUGGCGUCAACUUGAUUCUCUCCGCACUGCUGGUUGUCGUACUUGUCAGUGUUGCCAGGCUGUGCGGGCUGAUUUGGAGUUUCAUUGUGUCUACGAGUUCUUAUCUCGGCUCCGUAAGGAGUUUGAGCCCCGGCGUGCUCAGUUGUUUGCUCGUGGUCGUAUCUCCCUCAUGGAGGCGCUUUCUGAGAUUUGUGCUGAGGAGACUCGCCUACGUGGUGCUGGUCUACUUGAGGUUCCCUCUGUGCUCGCUGCUCGAGUCCUUGUUAUGUCGCCUGCUGCACCGACUCCAUCCCGCUCCAGUGCUCCUCCGCUCUUGCCUACUCCUACGGGCGGCCAGGGUCGGUCUCGUCCUCACUGCGGCUACUGCAAUAUGGAUGGUCAUGUUGAGUAUCAGUGCUUCCAGAAGAAGAAACACCUGCGUAAGGCGCGAUCAUCAGCUUCAGGGACUUUUUCUUCUACUUCGACAUCUUCCGCCACUGCCUUGACUGAGCAGGAUAUUCUGCGACUUAAGCGUCUGCUUGCUGCUUCAGGUUCUCCUUCGAUGGGUACUGCAGCUUCUGUGACUGAUGCUUCCCGCACUGAGCAACCACCCUCUACACAGUCAGGAUCGUCGAACGCACACUUUGGUUGGGGCUGGCCCUCGCCGCCGUGACUCUCAGGGUCUUUGGGAGCUAGACCGGCUUCAUGUUCCUUCCGCUGCUACCACUAUCGCCAGUCCAUCCGCUUUUGUCGCUUCAGCUACCGGCUCCUUCCAGCAGUGGCAUCAUCGACUUGGUCAUCUUUGUGGCUCUCGCUUGUCGUCAUUAGUUCGUCGAGGUCUUCUGGGGUCUGUCUCAGGAGAUGUCUCUUUAGAGUGUCAGGGUUGUAGACUAGGAAAACAGAUUCAGUUACCUUAUCCUACUGGUGAGUCAGUGUCUCAGUGUCCUUUUGAUUUAGUCCAUUCUGAUGUAUGGGGUCCGGCUCCCUUCGCUUCGAAAGGGGGCCAUCGAUACUAUAUUAUUUUCAUAGAUGAUUUCUCUCGUUACACUUGGCUUUAUUUUAUGACUUCUCGCAGUGAGGUUCUUUCCAUCUAUAAGCAUUUUGCUGCCAUGGUUCACACUCAAUUCUCUUCGCCUAUUCGUGUGUUCCGUGCUGACUCCGCUGGCGAGUAUAUUUCUAAGAUAUUGCAUGGUGUUCUUGCUGAGCAGGGCACUCUUCCUCAGUUCUCUUGUCCUGGUGCUCAUGCUCAGAAUGGCGUGGCUGAGCGAAAGCAUCGCCACCUUCUUGAGACGGCUCGUGCGUUGAUGAUCGCCGCUUCUCUUCCACCUCAUUUUUGGGCCGAGGCUAUCUUCACCUUCACCUAUCUCAUUAACCUUUAGCCGUCCGCUGCUCUCUAGGGUGGUGUUCCUUUCGAGCGUCUCUUUGAUCGUUCUCCUGAUUAUUCGACGCUUCGCUUGUUUGGUUGUGUUUGCUAUGUUCUUCUUGUCCCUCGCGAACGCACCAAACUGACUGCUCAGUCUGUUGAGUGUGUUUCCUUAGGCUAUAGUGAUGAGCAUAAAGGCUAUCGUUGUUGGGAUCCUAUCGGUCGUUGGAUGUGUAUUUCUUGGAUGUGACUUUUGAUGAGUCGCGUCCCUUCUACCCGCGUCCAUCUUCCUCGACCUUUUCAGUGGAGGAUAUCUCUUUCCUCACUUUUCCCGACACGCCUAUCACUCCAGUUAAGCCCUUGCCUCUCCGUCCUGCUCACUCUACUGCUCCACCGCUUGCCGAUUUGCCGCCACCAUCUCCCAUGGUUUCCUCACCUCACAUGUCACCGGAUUCUGCACCUUCAUCCCUGGUGAUUUCUUCGUCUCCACCUCCUGAUUCUACCUCGACUAUUCCUCCUCGUAUUCUUCCAUCUUUUCCUCAGCAUUACACUCGUCGUUCACGUAUUGUGGAUGCAUCUGCUGAUGUGCCGUCCUCCUUGUCUUAGCCUACCUAUGGCUUGCGUCCUCGUCCGCUUCCGCCUGUUGAUCGCCUUGGUUUUCCAACCGCUGGUGCUGCUGUUCUUGAGCAGACUUCUUAUCGUGAGGCUGUUGUUCAUCCAGAAUGGCAUUUUGCGAUGGCAGAGGAGAUUGCUGCUCUUGAACGCACUGGUACAUGGGAUCUUGUUUCUCUUCCUCCAGGUGUCCGUCCC